CAUGGCGUCCCCACCGCCAACGAGGCGACCUUUUCGCCCGCCGGCAGCGACAAGUCACCUCGCCUCGUCGUCGCCAUCAUCCGCGCUUCCAUCCGAGGACGACGACGACGCGUACGCCGCCGCAGGAUCCGUUCGCGGCCGAUGGCGUCCGGCCCUACCGGCGGCCGGGAUGACGCGUCGGGGCCGGGAGCAGCCGACGCCGCCGUCGCCGCCGACGGCGUGCUGCCGGUGUCGAGGUCGGUCGUGGAGCGGUGGAAGAUGGACGCGGCGGCGGCGCGGGCGCGGCUGCUGCUGCGGGCGCUCGCGUGGCUCUUCUCCCUCCUCGCCCUCGUCGUCAUGGCGUCCAACAAGCACGGCCACGGCGGCGCCCAGGACUUCGACAACUACCCGGAGUACAGAUACUGCCUCGGCAUCUCGAUCAUCGCCGCCCUGUACACCAUCUCCCAGGUCGUGCGAGACGUUCACCGGCUCAGCCGCGGGCGGGACGUCAUCGCGGCGAGGAAGGCGGCGGCCGUCGUUGACUUCGCCGGAGAUCAGCUCGUGGCUUACCUGUUGAUGUCCGCGCUGUCCGCGGCGGCGCCGGUGACGGACUACAUGCGGCAGGCCGCCGACAACCUGUUCACCGACUCCGCGGCGGCCGCCAUUAGCAUGGCGUUCCUCGCCUUCCUGGCCGUCGGCCUGUCUGCUCUCGUCUCCGGGUACAACCUUGCCAUGGAAGUUCUUGUAUAGCCUGAAUAGCUCCAUGGCCACAA